AUGACAAAUUACUCUCCCUAUCUCUCUCUCUCUAUCUGUCUCUAUAUAUCUCUCUCCCUCCCUCUCUUUUUCUCUCUCUCUUACUCUCUGCCUCUCUCUCUCACUCUCUCUUUCCCUCUCUCUCUCCUUCUCUCUCUCCCUCUCUCUCUCCCUCUCUCUCCUUCUCUCUCUCCCUCUCUCUCUUUCUCUCACUUUCUCUCUCCCUCUCUCUCUUUAUCCCUCUCUAUCUAUCUAUCUAUCUAUCUCUCUCUCUCUCUCUCUCUCUCUCAGACUAUUGGACUUGCCUGUCUUCGAAUCAUUUUAUCAUUAUCUAUCUAUCUAUCUAUCUAUCUAUCUAUCUAUCUAUCUAUCUAUCAAUAUCUAUCUAUCUAUCUAUCUAUCUAUCUAUCUAUCUAUCUCAGCCUGCUUAUUGUAUCUAUCUAUCUAUCUAUCAAUAUCUAUCUAUCUCACUUUGUUCAUAUGCAUGUAUCUAUCUAUCUAUCUAUCUAUCUAUCUAUCUAUCUAUCUAAGUCUGUUCAUAUCUAUCUAUCUAUCUAUCUAUCUAUCUAUCUAUCGCAUUCCCUUUUGUUCACAUAUCGCUAUGUCUUCCUUUUCACAUUACGUUUUCUUAUUACAUUUAUAGAUUAG